AUGAUUCCAUUUUUUACAAUUUACUUUGUUUUCUCUCUUGUUAUAAUAAAAUUUAGACCUUCUUUCCAAUAUAUCGGAAACACAUCCUUUUUAAAAUCAUCCUAUAUCUUAUACACCCCUAAAGAUGGGUUAUUUUUAUCAAAUUUCAAAACCAAUAAAUUUGCUCUUGGUUCCAAUCCGAAUGAGCCUGAGUUUAAGAUUUUUAAAUACUAUGAACACAUUCCUGUUUUACUGAAAGAAUCAAUGGAAUACCUUAUAACUGACCCCAAAGGGUUAUAUUUGGACGUAACUUUAGGAUACGGGGGCCAUACUGAGGAGAUACUCAGACGUAUUAAUCCCAAUGGUAGACUAAUAUCAAUUGAUAGGGAUCCAGAAUCUGUUUAUUUCAACAGAAAUAGACUAAAGACUUACAUUGAUGACUCUAGGUUAUCUGUAGAACUUGGAAAAUUUUCUGGCAUAAUAGAUCUUUUGAAGUCACUUAAAUUACCUAAUGAGGGAUAUACAGGGAUAAUUGCUGACUUGGGACUCUCUACACACCAGCUUGAAAACUCAAUAAGGGGAUUUAGUUACAUGAAAAACGGACCACUGGACAUGAGAAUGUCAAGUCCUCUUAACGAUCCUUUUAAUCCUAAUUUUAAAAUCGAUGUCAAAUCCUCUGAAAAUACAGCCUACCAGUUGGUCAACAAAUCUGAUGAAUCUACACUAAGGAAGAUUUUCAAAGAGUUUGGACAAGAGCCUAGAGCUGCAUCAAUUGCCAAAAAAAUUGUUGAAAAACGUCGGAUUCUAGGAGAAAUCGACACUACUGAUAAACUUAAGAGUGUGGUGAUGGACUCCUUACCAAUGUUCCACAGGAGCAAAAUGAGGACGUUAUCUCGCAUAUUUCAGGCGCUGAGAAUAAAAGUGAACGAUGAAUUAAACGAACUGAGCUCUUUUCUCAACAUGAUUCCUCACCUCCUUAAGUACAACGGGAGGUUUGUGUGCAUAACCUACCACGCGCUGGAAGAUCGUCUGGUCAAGAACUCCUUCAUAAACCUACGGAACCUCAAAACUUCGACAGUCAAGUUUAAUAUUUUAACCAAAAAAUGUAUAUUACCAACCAGAGAGGAAGUUGAAUCAAACAUAAAGUCCAGAACGGCCAAAUUAAGAUGUAUAGAAAAAGUUAAAAAAUAA